GAUGUACCAAAGAGCGUAGUUUGGAAAGCGACGUAACAACCAGCCAGAAAGGAAGCAAUCACCAUUUCCCCUCUCUUCUUCUUCUUCUUCCUCUGCUCUCUCUGCUUCAGAAGAUCAAAAUUCUUAGGCGGGAAGCCGAUUCAGAGAAGUUCUUGCUACCAUGUUGACUACCGUUGUUCCCAUUCACGCGCCGCCGGUGCUCUUGACCUCCCCGACCUCCUCCGAAAGCAUUCACAAGCUCUCCACUAUCACCGCUUCUUGGAGAAUUUCGAUGAAUUAUGGGUCUUUCCAGACCAAGAAGAGGGAAGAGCUUUUGUUACCCGUACAACACGCCACAGCUUUUGAUCCAAAAGGGGACGACACGCCCAAACUGCCUGAUCUGCGCUUUGAUUGCCUGCAGAUACCCGAGCAGGAUUUGGUGGACGUUGACAAGAUGGAGUUCGGACAAUUCGUUGCUAGAGAGGCUUUAAUUGAUGAAGAAUAGUGGGUAAAGCGCUCUUUCUAAUUCUAUCCAUCGUUUCCCUGUUGAUUCCCCGUCUAGGUUUUGCUGCAAUUGGGGUUCCUUCAUCUGGGUACUGUUUGUUUUCUGGAAAAUAAAACCUUGAGAAUCAUCUUGUUAUCCUUCGCACUUCUUGUUUCGAUUCUUGGCCACACUAUCAUGAUGUGAUCGUGGUCCAUUGCAGUUAAUCUGAUGCUGAGCAAUGACUCCAAUGUUUGCUUCUUGUGAUUGCCCGCAGGUGGCAACCUUCAUGCGAGCUUAUAGCCACUUGGAGAAUCGAGAUAAAUACAGAUCUGCUCGUAAUCUGAAGAUGAAAUAUGCGAAUGGGUAGCAUUUGUGGACUUUUCUUUACUCUUCUUCAGUUGGCUUCUUCUGGUAUAAACAAGGAUUCCACUGAAUUAUCUAUUUACUGGCUCUGUUUCCUUAAUUGGUGGCAGGAGUUCCUUGACAUUAGAAGGCGAUCCAUUGGUCCUUUUGGCCAACAGUUUAAGUGCAUAAUCACAGUACGUACUUCCUUCGCCUUGAGUUGUAUAUCUUUGCAUAGCAGCAUGAGGGAAAAUCAUUACAAAGUCAUCCUCGUUGUUUCUUUUCUUAGCUGAGAAAGCAAGGAGGGAUGGUGAAACCCAUAAUACUGAGGAGUGUGGUUGGGACUUUGGACUUGAGCAUCCGCUGGUUGCUGCUUGGAGAGAUCUUCCCUGGGGUAUAUGGAAAGGCUCCUCACUUGGGCAACAUCCACGGAGGAGGGGAAGACAUAUACGGUUACGUCUCCAACUUGGUGGUCGUGGAGUUUGCUCGUCGUCGUGGGAUAGCAACUAACAUGAUGCAGUUUGGAACUUAGAAAUGGCUCGUUAUUACAGUGUGGAACUUCUGUAUGUUCAUGUGGAUAGAAACAACAGACCUGCACAGCAAUUUUAUGAGAAGACGGGAUUUGAGAUGAUUGAAGAGGCAAGUGAUGGACGGGUGGAAGACAACACUUACCUCCUACGAAGCAUUUUGUAAAGAUGAGUACAGAUUUUGAGAUACAGGAAAGGAGUUUAGUGUACAGAGCAAAGAAACAACACUGCUUAGGCCAGAGUUUAUUACUAGUUUUGCAAGGAAUUUGAUCUGAUAAUAUGUGUAGGCUUAGAUUUGGCAAUUCAACACCAACCUCCACACAAACAUUUAUUGAGAGGGAAGCAUGCCAACACCAUGUAUAGAUCUAUUACAGUUUCAGAACAGUACUUUGUACAUAAAGCUGAUGUCCAUUACUUGCUACCAGUGACUACUUCAGGUUUAAUACAAAUACAUGGUGUCUCAUUCGAUUCAA